AUGGCACCUCCCGGAGUUCCCGCUGACAAGCCCAAGUCUCUCCUUGCUCGACACCGUCAACUGGCGCCAAACGCGUCCAUUCGUGUGUCGCCCCUCUGCCUGGGCGCCAUGACCUUUGGCACCAGCCACCAGGAGCGCUACGGAGAAAUCACCAAGGAAGAAGCCUUUGCUAUCCUCGACACCUUCUACAACAAUGGCGGUAACUUCAUCGACACGGCGAAUGCCUACCAAGACGGCGAGUCGGAGAUGUGGCUCGGCGAAUGGAUGGCGGCACGCCAGAACCGCGAUGAGCUGGUUCUCGCAACCAAAUACACGUCCGCCUCCAAACCGCACCCGUCCGACGCAAUCGGCUCCAACUACGGCGGCAACGGCACCAAAUCGAUGCGCCUCUCGCUCGAGCACUCGCUCCGCAAGCUCCAAACCACCUACAUCGACCUCUUCUACCUGCACUGGUGGGACUACUCGGUCACGAUCCCGGAGCUGAUGCACGCCCUCAACGACCUCGUGUCCGCCGGCAAGGUGCACUACCUCGGCAUCUCCGACACGCCCGCCUGGAUCGUGGCCAAGUGCAACCAGUACGCACGCGACCACGGGCUACGGCCCUUCGCCGUCUACCAGGGCAUGUGGAACGCGGCCAUGCGCGACUUCGAGCGCGACAUCAUCCCCAUGUGCCGCGACGAGGGCAUGGGCCUGUGCCCGUACGGCACCCUGAACCAGGGCCGCUUCCAGACCGCCGAGGGCUUCCGCCGCCGCGCCGAGAACAACCCGGGCCGCAAGUUCGUGCCGCUGUCGCAGCGCGACGUGCAGGUGUCCAAGGUGCUGGAGGAGGUUGCGGAUGCCAAGGGCGUGCCGCUGCUGAGCGUCGCGCUGGCCUACGUCAUCCAGAAGACGCCCUACGUCUUCCCCAUCGUCGGCGGCAGGAAGGUCGAGCAUAUCCAGGGGAGCAUCGAUGCGUUGAGCGUGGCCUUGACCGAGGAGGAGAUCGAGAGAGUCGAGUCGGCGUACGAUUUUGAUCCCGGAUUCCCUCAUACUUUCCUCAGCGGCACCAUGUUCCAGGAGGGCGCGAAGCCAAAGGCAGCGCAGGGCCCGGCUGAUGUGUGGUUGACCAGGUCCCUCGGGAACUUUGACUGGGUUGAGACACCAACGGCGCUGAGGCCGGCCGAGUUGUAG